CGCAGGGGGAAGCACAGCGCGCGUCUGCUCUCGCCCUUCUCACUGGGCCUCCGCUGAGAACCAGUCUUCGGCCGUAAAAAGGUUAUCAAAGAAACCGUAAACGAAGGACGCACCAAUUCUGACUUUCGAUAAGAGGAAAAACGUGAUGGGCAUUUUGCUAUUCGUCUUGGAGGAAAGUAGAGCGGCAUAGCAGUCCAGAGGAAGCAGCUCAUUCAUAAAACCGUCAAGCACCACACCGCCCAGACCUCAUGCGCUUCAGGCUUCUCCUCGCUCGAUUUACAGGUGGUUGAGAAUGGGCAAGUGCAGUUGGACGGGCUUCGUUCGCACGGUCAAGCAGGUGAUCACGUUCAUAUUCAGCCACGUGGGUCUGUGUGCGUUCGUAGCCGGCUAUUCGGUUGCUGGGGCGUUCCUGUUCAGGCAGCUCGAGCAGGACAAGGUCGAGGAGUACUAUGAUUCGAUGGUCAACAGGAACGAAUGUUUCAGCAAACUCUAUAACAUCACAGAGGAGGUGGGCUUCCAGCUCAACGGCAGCCACUGGAGGGACCUGCUCACCUCGGCGGCGUGGCAAGAGCGGGUCCUGCAGCAGCUGGAGGCGUUCGAGGAGGACCUGGUCGAGUCGGUGAGGAACCAGACGUACGACCAGGGGCCCGAGGAGCAGAGGAAGAGGUGGAGCGUCAUCGGGUCGUUAUUCUACUGCGUCACCGUUAUUACGACUAUAGGCGUCUUUUUCUGCUGGCCCGUGCCUCCGCGACAGGCUUUUAGCGCCGGCAUCCCGAAAGGAUGUUGGCACCGGGGCCAGGCGCGCGCCGUGCCUCAAAACAUGCAGCGUGCGCAGGGGUCGGAGAUGCUGCUUCGGAGCCCGGGCUUCUCGGGCUUCAUGAGGUUGACAGGCACUGCGUGGGGAACAAUGCAGCACCUGUGCUACGGCCACGUGUCGCCGCGCACGAACACGGGCAAGAUGGUGACCAUCGUGUACGCCCUCUUCGGGAUUCCGCUCAUGCUGCUCUGCCUCACCAACAUCGGCAACUCCAUGGCCACGUCGUUCAGUUGGCAACUCCCGAGGUAA